AUGGCCAUCGCCCUCUGGCCAUUUGUUUCCUCCUACCUCUUCUUUGUCGCAGCAUUCGCCCCGAACAAGAACUUUGUCGUCGCCGUGGUGUCUUGGCUCUCCCUACUUCGGUACUGGAAGCCCUGGGCCGCCGCGACGGCUGACCUACGUCAUGAAGUCGAUCUCGCGAUUGACCUCAUAUUUCUCGCGUGGUUCUGGAUGGGCGUUCCAAUCAUUGUCACGACAAUCUGGUUCGGCCUGAAGGGAGUUCUUUGUCUUGCCGGCAACGAAAUAGUCCGCCGAAUCCAUGACGCCAUGGAGUUCGAACUCGACACGGAUUACCUCGACAAAUGCUACAGCCCCAUGACGCCUGGAUCCAUCGGCGAUCAGUUCAUGGCCCUGCAAGUGGCAGCCUCCAAGCCCGGAAAAGAACUCGUUUGGCAACAUACCUCCUCGCACUUGUAUCUGUUCGUCCUCGACUCCGACCGACCUCGACCGGAUCUUAUUUAUGGUAAGCGUCCGCGUCGCGCCGAUUGGGGGCCGUCCUUCACAGAAGACCAGUUGCGAGCCCAAAAGGAGUUCAAGAAGGGUAUUAUGGAGCGCGCCAGACAAGUCUUGGCAGCAAGGAAGAAUGGAGGAACCACCGUUGAGCAACCAAUUAUCGAUCUGAAGCCGACAACAUCCGACAUCGAAGAGCACGCCCCGGCUGCUCCAUCAGUGCCUCAGCCAAGAGAGACCCAGUCUUCUGCUUGGCCCACUGAUCCCGAGUCUGAGAACGUCACCGACGAUGUCACGAUUGCCAACGGACAAACAGAGACCGAGGAACCCGCGGACAGGACACAGUCCAGAGGUGAAGGUCUGGUCGGACCUGGCCCGAAGGCACCAGAGCCCGAGACCUCAUCUGGGGUGGAAGGCAAUGGCUUGCCGGAGGGUGACGAAGACAGCCGAGCUGAGGAACUGGAAAGCUCGCAAGAGCAGGAAGGUGAAAGCUCCGCCGAGGAACCCAAGUCCUCAUUUGAGGAGGAGGGUGAAGGCCCGGCCGAGGAACCUGAGUCUUCGUCAGAAGAGGAUGGUGAAGGCCUGCUGUACAAGGUCGACCCAGCCAACGACCCCGAGAUCUCAUUUGAGGUGGAAGGUGAGGCUCCAUCGACAGCCACGGUACCCGAAGCGGCCCAGGAACUGGAGUCCUCGUAUGAGGAGGAAGGUGAAAGCCUGCUGAACAUCGACACAGCCCCGACCGAGGAACUUGAUACCUCAAUGGAGGUGGAUGGUGAAGGUUGGUCCACCAUGGUGCCUGUCCCGGAGCCGUCGUCUGACGAUGGGUUCCCAGUCACCGGUGGCAACAUGGACGAGACCUCCUAUGGGGUGGAGUCCGACGUUGAGAUGGCUGAUGCCGAGCCCCUCGAGGGGAUGGCGGUACUAAGGCCAUCAUAUGAUCUGUGUUGGAGCAACUCCAACUCCCAGGAAACCAUCCUGCCAUUGGAAGUCGCGGCGGCAUGGCCUCUUGCUGGUCAAGAGCCUGUCAGCUGUGACGAAACCCGCGGAUGGUUGGACGUGUCGCCUGCUUUUCAGGGCGCUCAGAUCGUCGUCGAGGCCCAGUAGGAUGGAGUCGACUUUACGACUGAGCUCUCGGCAGCUGCUGACUGCCACUCAUACCUGGAGGUGGAUUAUGCCACCAUGGAUCCCGACCAACUCGAUCGUCAAAUGGACGAUCUUCUUCUUUCCGGCGAUUCCAACGGAACGCAACCCACAGCCGCCGACUCCUGGUUCGAUGAGUACGAGGCGUGGCUAGCAACCAUUCCUGCGGUCGCCGAUACCACCACCACCGCCGCCAACAUCAUCGACGAAGACGAAGAGAUGUUAGACGCCGGACUGGUCCCUUGUUGGGGAUCAUACCGAGGCGCACCUGAUUUUGAUUCAGACGAUGACGACUCGGUCACCGACGAGGAGUCGCCUUUUUCCGACUUCUUCGUUCCAUCCGGCCUUUGGGCGUCUGGUAUGGACGAAGAAUUGGCCUCCUUGGACCUAGUUGGCAGCGAAGUGCCCGACGCCGGCGUAGAGUACGUCACUGCGGCUAUUGCCCAGUAUACUCUUACUCCGGUCGAGGACAUCAUCAUCAUCGACGAGCAGCAACGAUCCCAGGAAGAUGUCGACAUGGUGGAGCUCCAAAGGCUACUCUUCCCUGUCAUCGUUUUUAACAACAUGACAGAG